AGCUGUAUUCCCCUUCUCUUUCUCGACAGUAGUUCUUCUUUUACUUUGAAGGCCAAAUCCCUCCUUUCCCGGUGUCCUCUGGGCUAACGGCGCGAACCUUGACGCUCCUCCCUGUUGCUGCUGGGAGCGAGCGCACAAUAAAGCGCUCGGUUGUUCGAGUGGCGUCAGCGACGUUCAGUCCACUAUGCCGCGGGUCCAGCAGAAGAUGGUGUCUGGCGGCUAGUUGCAACUUCGGACUCCCUGUUUUUUUUUCCUCCCCCCCCUCCCUCCCCUCCUCGGCGAAGCGCACUGAAAUCAGUUGAGGGGUCCUGAGAUGACAGAAGUAGAGCCAGUGUUGGACUUUGCCUCCUCGGGACGCUCGGGGAGGCGAAAUGCCCUGCCUGACAUCCUGGGCUCACCGGCAGGCGUAAACCCCGGUGACCUGCCUCUUAAACUAGCUGAGCUGUCCCUCAAAGAUGGUCCGGGAGGGGCCCAGUCCCCCACGGCGGAGGAGCCUCCACCGCCACCGGAGAGCUCAGAGGGGAAAGAGGGAUCGUAGGGACUCGUUUAUUUACCUCCCUGGAGAUCAGUAGAGAUAACCUGAGAGACGGGAUGAGGAGCAAGAUAGAGGGUGACCUGUGGGAGAAGGUGUGAUGAUCUGUGGAGAGUCAGUCUGUUUGCGGAGCAGCUGAGCCACGGAGGGAGAGUGAGUGACAGACCGACUCCCCCAAAGGACUGAAGCCAGGAGCUUUGGACUGAUUGGGACUCAGCACUAUCUGAAAAGAGUCAGACGUUACUCAGCUAUGAACCACUGAGUGUGUGUGAGUUAUACACUCAGUCUACACUACACUGAGAAUCAAAGGGACCAUGACAGAUUGUAUACUGUACAUUACUAUUUUUGUAUGAUUUAUUUAAAACUAAAGAAAAAACGGAAUUCUUAAGUCAAACUGUAAUAUGUACAAUUUCCUGUCAUUUCCUGCUGAUUUUUGUUUUACAGUGACGUGUGUCAUUUUACAUUGACAUGAACAGGAGGGGGUUUGAUAGCAGCCUGCUGUGGCUCAGAGCUUUUUAGGAUGUAAAAUGGUAUGUUUGACAUAAGAAAACUGUAGAUUUCUUUUUGUGUUUUCUUGCUCACUUAUGCUUUUACACUAAAUGUGUAUUAUCUACUACAUGUUUUCAAAUCUGAGGCUGUUGUACAGUAUAUCCACAUUGUAAAUGUACAGUUUUUACCCCUAUUCCCCGGACUGUUUUGAUCCUAGCAACAGCAACCAGGGAUUUGAUCCAUUUUUUUAGGUGUCUAUAUGGUGCAAGAUGAUUUCGUAUAGAAAAGCCGUCCAUAUCUUAAGACAUUCCUGUAGGGAAUAGUGUCCCACUGCCAACAAGGUACACACUGCUUCACUGUAAUACUGAAAGAAAAAAAGUCUGUGAUGUCCUUUUGUUUUUUGCUCAAGGCUGCUUUUAAAAGUCUCUUUACUUUCCAAACCUCUGAAAAUGUGCCUAGUGGCAGUUUACAACUGAAAACGUGUGUUGUGAUCUUUCUCUGUGAAGUACUGUUAUCCACUCUUUUGGGCUACUGAUAUUUCCUCAGUUUUAAUAGGAGGUAUCAUUACACAUCUUUAGUGCUUGAAAUAUAAAUCAAAGAAAAACAAAACUCUUUUGUAACAUUCUCCAAACCCGUAUUUGCAGGUCCUACUAUCCAUCAGGAUAAGCGUUCAAUUCUGCAUCAACUUCAGCUGCGUAAUGCUCCUCACACAAGCUUCUUAUGGUGUCAACAGCAUAUGCCCACUGCCUGGGUACGGGAGCAAGCAUCAAGCAACACUGCCGCCACAAUGUGUUUCAAGUGCUGAAAACGGCAGCGCACUCGCCUUCUGCCUCUCCAGAGUCUGUUCACACUCAUCAACACAUAAGUAGAGUUGCGAAUAGGACGCAAGAUGGAGAGCGAGAAAACACAGUGAGGGUCCACAGUUUGUCAGCUAUCAACUCACUGCUACUGUAUAUAUACUGUAUUGUAGUAUAAUCCAUGUGUCAUACAUGCUACCUGUAUGAUUACUAGAAUUCACAUACUGUACCCACAAAGAAAUGGUGUUCUGUAAUUGUCUCUAUUUGAAGAUGUGGCUGUGUCUUUAUGUGGAUGUGUUUCACAAAUGCAACAAGGGAAGCCUGGUGUGCUGCUGCCCAGCCUCUGUUUUGGAUGCUGUACACUACUGAUGCUGAUGAGAAAGUGUUUGUGGUCUAUCUGAAGCUGUAUGAUCAAGACUUUUUUUUUUGGUUGGGGUGGGGUGGGUGAAGAAUCAGAGGUGUAUUUUGUAGUGUCCUGAUCUAUAAGUGGUGCAUAUAUUUUACUUAGCUGGAUUGAAUCCCUUAUGUUGAUUCUAUCUGGUGGUGGAAAAUUGCCAUAUUAAACCCACAAGCUUUACAUACA